UCCCCAAAUUGCUGAACUCAUCCCUCGUGAAUUCAGGGUUUCCCAAAUGGCAAACCCCUUCGAUCCGUUGGAUCCCGUGAUUGGACGAUCAUCGACCGAUGGUGGGGCGGUAUAAAAGGGGAUUACAUUCACGGAGCGGCGCACUGUGCGACAGUACAAGUUCGUGGUAGCGUCGAUUCGUCUCGCGACUUUCAAAAUUCUCUCUGAAACAGUUUUACUUUCGAAAUUCCAAAGUUCUCAUUGUACGGUAAUUGGUGAAACACACGAUUUGUCGUUCGUUUUUCGAGGCCAAAUUUCGUUUUUCUUUCCGUUUACGACACCACGAGAGCUGCCACAGAGAAGAACCAUGUGUGUCCGUACAUUGGUUGGUAUCGAAGCCAUGGAGCCGGUAGUGGAGCAUCAUCAGCAGAAUAACAAGGUGCAAAAAGCAAAAGAGAAGUACAUGAAACUGCACGACGAGCGUGUGACCAAGAAGCUCGAUGUCAUCGAGGAACAGAAGACGGUUUUUAUUCCAGAAUUGGCCGAUGACAUCUUGAGGGCCAGCACCAUAAAUUACAGCUCCCUUCUGAAAGUGUUUACGAAAUUCUACGAAUCGCUACAACAGACGGAACUGUUCAAAAUUCUGUUUUAUACCACACAACCGGCUCACGUUAUCAUGAUCGCAGCGGUCUUGUGCGUGACAUCGGCUAUGGUCCCAACGAAAGACAGGGUGCAAAGUGCUGGUCAUCCUCACUCGAGAACAGCCUCCUUCAUUUAUUUGGCUUCCUUUAUCAUGCAUCUUGGUGCCCAGAUCUGGAUGACAUUUGUCUCAGGUCUCUCCUUAUAUUUCGCAUUACCAAGACAUACGUUUGGCGAGGUGCAACGGAUCCUGUUCCCAAGAUACUUUACCAUUAACGCGUGUCUCAGUCUCACUACGCUUUUAAUUUUUGUGAAACAUCAUCCGAUGCACACAUGGGACACCGAAAUUACCACACAGGUGGGUGCAAUGUCUUGUGCAUUUUUCUUGGAGUUGAUAAUAAGACUCUAUCUGACACCACCUCUCCUGCAAUUGAUAGUUCGAAAGAACACACUGGAGCGUGCAGCCGGAGUCGGUAAUGAAAUUGGUCGCCACAAUCCGGGUCCGUUGAAGUACUGCCCACAUUACUUGAAUAUUCACAAAGCUUUUCGACGUGUUCACGUUUACAUUGCCAUGGGAAAUAUGGUGACAAUGGGGUGCACAGUGUUGCAUCUCCAUUAUCUAGCCAGCAAAUUGUGUGUUCUUUAA